CCUCUGCAGUUUGACGUGAUUGACGAUCCCAAAAUGGCUGCCCGCUAACAACAAUAAUUCCGGUAUUAUUACUCGUUUGUUGACUGAAGAAUUGAAUUAUUGAGGCAGUUAAACCGAUUGAGUGAAUUAAGUAAUAAAAAAAUAUCGUUUAUAUUCACAAUGAGACGUCUCGACUCGAAGGAAUAUGGCUCUGAGAGGCUGGAGGCUGAACUAGAGGCAGCCCGGGAUGGUCUCAGGUGUUUGGAUAAAGAUAUUAGAAAAAUUCUUGGUCGCGAUCUUCCUGAAGGCGAAAAUGCACCCACGCAGCUGUCCUCCAGGAUUGUCUCGAAGCGUCCACUUCAAGAAGAUCGCAAAAGGAACACAGAUCACUUGAGUAACGAUCAAGGAGGAAAACGUCGUUGGCAAGGACCAAAUAAUGAACCCAAGACUGUUUUCAGUCGAUUAAGUGCAAGAGUACCCUCUAAUCCUGAUGACUCUGGUGACGAUGAUGAUGGCAGUGUAAGGCCAGCUGUAUCCUCACGAGUUAUUGCCACACCACGUGAGGUGCCAUCGCGUCAGGAUGUUAUCAGACGUGAAAAUGUCGAUGAGAGGAGUCGACAGAGGAAUAAACGAAUGUUCGGGGCACUCCUAGGAACUUUACAGAAAUUCAGACAAGAGGAGACCAAACUCAAGGCUAAGGAAGACAAAAAGGCUGAAGUUGAGGCGCGAGUGGAGGAGGCGAAACGACGCGAGAAAGAGGAAUUGAGACGUGAGAGACAACAACUUUUUCUGUCACGUAAACGUCAAUUGGCUGAAGUGAAAGCAUUGGAGGCCAAAUUGGCGCGUAGCAAGCAAUUCCAAGAGUGGCGCUCUUCACAGCUACCUCUUGCCAAUUUCAUUCGAACACGUGCACAACCACCUAUUUAUUAUUUACCAAAACGCAAACAUCCUCGUACUGAUGCUUUACUGGAGGAAUGUGCUAAGGAAUUUCACGAGGAAGUUGAACGGAGAGAAAAGGUAGUAAUGGAAGAACUUGAAAUAAUAGAAUUCCAAGUAAACAAUAAUAAGCCCCAGCACCAAGUGGAUGAUUUGCCAAAUCAACCCCAAAUAACAGAGACUUCCCAGCCAAUGGAGGAAGGAGUGGAAAAUUGUGAUCCUAAUCCUGAACAUCUCGCUGAGGAGUCUGCUGAUGUGGAAAUUAGCACGAUAAUCUCACCUAUAACUGGAGUGACAGAAAAACAAUCAAUCGAAUAUGUAAACGAGGAAAUGGUGACUGAUAUCGAAGUUCCCGAGGAGGACCUUGUAAAGAAUGAAAAUCACGGUUAAUAAUCAAGACAUUGCUCUUCGGAGCAUUUCUUUUUGGGUUUGUAUAUAUAAUAUAAAACAGAAAGAAAGAAAUGCUAAAAAAAUAGGAAGAAGAAUUUUUAUCAUGAAUUUUUUUGAAAAAUUUCUACCUUCGCCAGAACUUGAUUAUUUUCUGUUUCGUCUGUGUACAAUCAGUGUCAUUGGAAUAACACGUAAAUAACUUGCUGUUCGGCUGUUGCGUGAUAGUCAGUUAGUUAUUUUCUCCUAUUGAUAAUCAUCAUGUUUCAUCUUCAUAAAAAAAUUGUUUACUAGUGGACGGACAACGGGAAGGGAGUCUCUCGGAGGAAGUGGAGAAUUUCGUGAUAUUGUCAUAACAUCUCGAAUGAUUAUUAUGAAAUUUUCAGACAGGGCAAAGGAGGAGAUUGAAUUUUUCAUGGAUUUUACUGGCAAUUUUAUCGAGAAAAUGAUGGUGUCAUGUGCUUGAAAGUACAAGACAACAAAAUUCACGAAGAAUAAUUCAAUUUUUGCACAUUACCAAUGUUUGAAAAGCACCACAGUCUAAUUUGACUACGUUGAGAAUUUUUCCUAUGUUAAAUAUUCGAAUGAUCUCGACAAUCGAUCUGUUUAAAUACUGAUCAAUUGUCCCAAAAUCACAAAAUUUGUGCAAAAAAAAUUCUCCGACAUUUUCUUCCAAAAACUCGAAAGGUAAUUGAAAAAUAAUGCCUGAUAAAAUUUUUUAACUUGUGAUUACUAUUCCUUCACCCUAUCUACUCAGUUAGUAUGCAUUUUUUAGUGCGUCAUUAAUGAUUUAAUUAUUUAAAUCAUUGAAUAUGGAAAUCGUCUCACGUAUUUUUUUUUCAGUUGUUCCAACAGUCGUAAAAUAAACGUCAGCAAAAAGUUAA